AUGGUCCGCAAACUCAAGCACCACGAGCAGCGGCUCCUGCGCAAAGUCGAUCUGAUAAACUACAAGUCCGACGGCCUUUCUCACCGUGAAGCCGCGGUGCGCCAACGCUACCACCUCACGCACCCGCUCGACUAUUCGAAGUACAAUGUCCUCUGCGGCCGUCUCCGGCAACUGGCGCAUCUACUCUCCAACCUCGACCCGGGGGAUCCAUACCGCGUGGAAAUGGAGACGGUCAUGCUGGAGAAGCUGCAUCAGAUUGGGAUCUUGAAGCAGAGUCGCGGCCAGGGCGCGGGUCUCUCGAGUGUCGAAAAGGACGUCACAGUCUCUGCCUUUUGCCGGCGCAGACUGGGCGUGUUGAUGGCGCGGACAGGCAUGGUCGAGCACAUCAGCACCGCUCACAAGUUCAUCGAACAGGGCCACGUCCGAGUCGGCACGGAAGUCGUGUCGGAUCCUGCUUUCCUAGUGUCGCGUGGCAUGGAGGACUUUGUGACGUGGGUCGACGGCAGCAAGGUCAAGAGACAGAUCCUGCAGUACCGCGAGAAACUGGAUGAUUUUGAUCUGCUGUGA